GACGUCACGAAGCACUUUCUCUCUCUGGCCGCCCAUUGGCUGGCUCUCCGCGCAGACCUCUUCCAAGCUAGGGAAACCAGUCUCAGAGCCGGAAGUAAGGUCUCUGGAGUUCCAGAUAGCGGCAGCAUUUAAAGUUGUGCAUCUAACGUCACGGCGGAUUGUCGGCUUCUCCAUUCAGGGUACACGCCGAGCCAGGAGGGGGCUCCAUACCUCUACAGGUCUGUGGGAAGGACGGAGGAAGAUCGCAAAGUAUCCAGCGCGGAACGAAAAAUGCGAGACUCGAAGAGGUGCCGGAAGCCCCGUCGCUAGGAAAGGGUUUAGAAGCCUCCCCCGGGGAAGGCGCCAGAAGGGACCACCCCGGGGCGUAGCCGGCGCAUCAUGGCCACCCCCAAGGGGGCCGGUCCCGCCACUUGGCGCUUUGCUGCCGCAGCUAGCUGGCGAGUGGUGCGCGGACACUGCGUGGAGCAUUUCCCUCGUGUCCUCCAGUUUCUGCACUCCCUGCGCGCUGUCGCCCCCGGCUUGGUUCGCUACCGGCACCACGAGCGCUUGUGUAUGGGCCUACAGGCCAAGAUGGUGGUGGAGAUGAUCCUGCAAGGCCAGCCUUGGGCCCAGGUUCUGAGUGCCUUGGAUCACCACUUCCCGGAGUCUGGAGCUGUGCCGCCAGACCCUAAAGCUACAAAGCGGGAUCUGAGGAAAAUUUUGGAGGCACGGGAAACCUUUCGCCAGCAGGUGAAGCAGCUGUCAGAGGCCUCUCUGGAUUUGACCUCAAAGCUGCAGGAGCUUGAAGAAGAGUAUGGGGAACCCUUCAUGGCUGCCGUGGAAAAGCUGUUUUUUGAAUACUUGUGUCAGCUAGAGAGAGCAUUGCCUGCAGUACAGGCACAGCAGCUUCAGGAUGUCCUGAGUUGGAUGCAGCCUGGAGUUUCUGUCUCCUCUUCUCUUGUCUUGAACCAAUAUGCUGCAGACAUGGGGUGGCCUCUUCCAGAGCACUUUGUUUCUGAUUCAGUGAACCUGACCAAACCCAUGGGACAGAAUCCUCCUAGGCAGUUAAGACCAACUCUCUACCACAGUCCUCUGCCAAAAGCCAAGCCCAGCCCUGGGAGACCAGCUUCAAGGAAGCAUCCUGAAUCUUUUGCUGGCCACCACUUCAAUCUGGCCCCUCUAGGCCGGCGAAGAAUCCAAUCCCGGUGGACAUCUGCAAGGGGCAGCUCUAAAGAGCGCCCCACAGUCAUGCUGUUGCCCUUUAGGAAUCUGGACCCACCAAGCCAAGUCAUAGCUCAGCCUGAGAGCAGGGAAGAGUGUGGGAUACACACAGCAGACACAGGAGGUGUGGGCACAAGAGCAGCCUUCACUGGCAAGUCGAAGAGUCCACCUCAGAUCCUGGGGGAAACGACUUUGAAGGAGAAUCCACCUGCCUUGUCUGCCUCAGAGCAAAUGGAGAAUUGCUUGGAUUGCUACAUUGACCCCCUGAAGCUAUCCUUAUCACCUCCAAAGGCCAAGAAGCCAGCAUAUUCUCUACCUGUGAUUGGCUCAGUCAUUACCAUAGGAGACUUGGUUUUGGACUCUGAGGAGGAAGAAGAUACCGAGAGAGAAGAAAAGGAGUUUCUGGGAAAAUAUCAGAAGACAAAGAAUGACACCCUGAUCCCCACUUUCCAUGAAUACCUCCCCACCUGUGGCUCCAGUGCCAUGCCUGCUUCUUCCUGUAACUGCAUAGACAACUCUAGACCCCUUUGAUACCACAGCAAUGCCCCCUGCACUCUGCCCACUUGUUGCCAGCAGUUUAAUGGGAAUGAAGUGAAAGCCCAGCCUGGGUUGCCUGAAAACAUUGCUAAAAGUGGUAUAAUGCUUGAGAAUUAAAUUUUGUAACAACACUGUCUUGCUUUUUGUGAGAAAGACUUUAUAGAGCUGGAUGUGGUAGCAUGAGCCUAUGAUUCCUGCACUCAG